CCUCCUCCUCCUCCUCUUCCUCCUCCAGACAGCAGAGCGUCAGUACAUCAGCGUUUCCUUCUGGGAUUUUUUCCCUCCCUCUGCGACCCCUCCCUCUUUAAAUGUGCUUUCUAGUUAAAUCCCUCCUUUCUGUCACAGACAAGCAGAGUCGUACAUGACGCAACCAACUCGACUCAACAUUUUUAUUUUUCCUGCUCAGUCUGUCGCGCGUGAAGGCAGUUUUGUUUGUUUUUCCUAAAAGACACGAGUGUGGCCACAGUAGAUUUCGGACCAGCUGUUCCUACAGGUCUUUGGGUCCUUCCCUCUGAGGUUCUCUGAGGUCCCUCUGAAGCUGAUCGGCAUCGUUUCUCUGACUUUUUCUCUAACACCCAGCAGCAUGUUGGAUCCGUCUUCCAGCGAGGAGGAAGGGGAUGAAAUACUCGAGGUGGAGCGUAAAGAGGUGACGGCUCCGAAGAACCUCGGAGGAGCCCGACUGUCACCGGGCCGAGCCACCGAGAGCCACGGCGGUGGUCGGCUCCAGUCCCGGGGCCGAGGGAGCGGCGGCAGCAGCGGCGGCAGCGGCGGUGGCGGCGGCGGCCGACCCUCCAGCCCCAGCCCGUCGGUGGGAAGUGACAAAGAGAAAGAAGACCUGGAGAAAAUGCAGAGAGAAGAAGAGGAGAGGAAGAAGAGACUGCAACUGUAUGUGUUUGUGAUGCGCUGCAUCGCGUAUCCUUUCAACGCCAAACAGCCCACUGACAUGGCCAGGAGGCAGCAGAAGAUCAAUAAGCUGCAGCUGCAGACAAUUAAAGAUCGUUUUCAGGCGUUUCUGAAUGGAGAAACUCAGAUUGUAGCUGAUGAAGCUUUUAUCAACGCUGUCCAGAGCUACUACGAGAUCUUCCUGAAAAGUGACCGAGUGUCCCGGAUGGUGCAGAGCGGCGGUUGCUCGGCCAGCGACUCCCGUGAGGUUUUCAAGAAGCACAUAGAGAAGCGGGUCCGGAGCCUGCCUGAAAUCGAUGGCCUCAGCAAAGAGACGGUGCUGAGCUCCUGGAUGGCCAAAUUUGACACCAUCUACCGCGGUGAGGAAGACCCCAGGAAGCAGCAGCAGAGAAUUACAGCAAGCGCUGCGUCUGAGCUCAUCCUCAGCAAGGACCAGCUGUAUGAGAUGUUCCAGCAGAUCCUCGGCAUCAAGAAGUUUGAGCACCAGCUCCUCUAUAAUGCCUGUCAGCUGGACAAUCCAGAUGAACAGGCGGCUCAGAUCAGAAGAGAACUGGACGGCCGACUGCAGAUGGCCGAUCAGAUUGCUCGGCUUGGAGGAAGGUUCCCACGGUUUUCCUCCAGAGAGAUGGAGACCAUGUUCAUCGAGGAGCUUCGCUCAUCUGUCAACUUGCUGAUGGCCAACCUGGAGAGCAUGCCAGUGUCCAAGGGAGGAGAGUUUAAGCUGCAGAAGCUGAAACGAGGCCACAACACCUCCAUCAUGGAUAUGGGCCAGGAGGAUGAGAACAUGUUGUCCAAGUCUGACGUCGUGCUGUCAUUCACCCUGGAGGUGGUUAUAAUGGAGGUACAGGGUCUGAGGUCCUUGGCUCCAAACAGGAUAGUUUACUGCACCAUGGAAGUUGAUGGUGGACAUAAACUGCAGACAGACCAAGCUGAAGCCUCAAAACCCACUUGGGGCACGCAGGGGGACUUUACCACCACCCAGCCGUUACCUGCUGUAAAGGUGAAGCUGUUCACUGAGAGCACAGGGGUGUUGGCUCUGGAAGAUAAAGAGCUAGGAAGGGUUGUGCUUCACCCGACUCCCAACAGUCCCAAACAGUGUGAACUCCAUAAGAUGACGGUUUCUAAGGGCUGCUCAGACAGUGACCUCAAGAUCAAACUGGCCAUUCGCAUGGACAAACCCCAGAAUAUGAAGCAUUGUGGGUACCUUUGGGCUAUCGGCAAAAAUGUGUGGAAAAGAUGGAAGAAGAGAUUCUUUGUAUUGGUCCAGGUGAGUCAGUACACCUUUGCCAUGUGCAGCUACAGAGAGAAGAAGGCUGAGCCUGUGGAGCUUCUUCAGCUGGAUGGUUACACAGUGGACUACACUGACCCUCAGCCAGGUCUCGAUGGUGGUCGGACAUUCUUCAAUGCUGUAAAGGAGGGGGACACUGUGAUCUUUGCCAGUGAUGAUGAGCAGGACCGUAUCUUAUGGGUGCAGGCCAUGUAUAGGGCCACAGGCCAGUCACACAAACCGGUGCCCCCCACCCAGGUCCAGAAACUCAACUCUAGGGGGGGAACAGCGCCGCAGCUGGAUGCACCAAUAUCUCAGUUCUAUGCUGAUCGAGCCCAAAAACACGGCAUGGACGACUUUAUUUCGGCUAAUCCCUGCAACUUCGACCAUGCUUCCCUGUUCGAACUGCUGCAGCGCCUCACCUUAGACCACAGACUGAACGACUCCUACUCCUGCUUGGGCUGGUUCAGUCCUGGUCAGGUGUUUGUCUUGGAUGAGUACUGUGCUCGUUACGGUGUUCGAGGCUGCCAUCGACAUUUAUGCUACCUGAGCGAUCUGCUGGAGAGGGCCGAGAACGGAGCCAUGAUCGACCCCACCCUGCUUCACUACAGCUUCGCCUUCUGUGCUUCCCAUGUCUACGGAAACAGGCCUGAUGGUAUUGGUACAGUAACGGUGGAGGAGAAGGAGCGCUUUGAGGAGAUCAAGGAGAGGCUUCGGGUGCUGCUAGAAAACCAGAUUACACACUUCAGAUACUGUUUUCCAUUUGGACGGCCAGAAGGAGCACUGAAAGCAACGCUGUCCUUACUGGAAAGGGUUCUGAUGAGGGAUAUUGUAACCCCAGUCCCACAAGAGGAAGUUAAAUCCGUGAUAAGGAAAUGUCUUGAACAGGCAGCUCUGAUCAACUACCAGCGCCUGUCAGAGUAUGCAAAACUGGAAGGGAAAAAGAGAGAGAUGUAUGAGCAUCCUGUCUUCUGCUUGGCGUCUCAAGUGAUGGAUUUAACAAUUCAGAAUGUAGGCCGUUUAGUCACCCCUGCCAAAAAACUGGAGGACACCAUCCGCUUGGCUGAGCUGGUGAUCGAGGUACUUCAGCAGAACGAGGAACACCAUGCUGAGGGAAAAGAGGCCUUUGCAUGGUGGUCGGACCUGAUGGUGGAGCAUGCUGAAACCUUCCUGUGUCUAUACUCGGCCGACAUGGACGCAGCCCUUGAAGUCCAGCCGCCUGACAGCUGGGACAGUUUCCCCCUCUUUCAGCUACUCAAUGACUUUCUGAGGAUGGACUAUAACCUGUGCAAUGGGAAGUUCCACAAACACCUGCAGGACCUGUACGCCCCGCUGGUGGUGAGAUAUGUGGACCUCAUGGAGUCAUCCAUUGCUCAGUCCAUCCACAGAGGCUUUGAAAGAGAAUCCUGGGAACCUGUCAAUAAUGGCUCGGGAACAUCAGAGGAUCUCUUCUGGAAGCUGGAUGCACUGCAGACCUUCAUUAGAGAUCUCCACUGGCCAGAGGAAGAGUUUGGCAAACACCUGGAGACCCGGCUGAAGCUGAUGUCCAGCGACAUGAUCGAAUCCUGUAUAAAACGGACACGAGCAGCGUUUGAGGUCAAGCUUCAGCGGAGCAGCCGAGCCACAGAGUUCCGUGUGCCGCAGUCCAUCUGCACCAUGUUCAACGUCAUGGUGGAUGCUAAGGCCCAGUCGGCCAAACUGUGCGCCGUGGACGUGGGCCAGGAGAGACAAUACCACUCCCAGAUCGAUAAUCUCAUCGAGGAGACAGUGAAGGAGAUGAUAACUCUGCUGGUUGCAAAGUUUGUGGUCAUACUAGAGAGUGUUUUAUCCAAGCUCUCCAGAUACGAUGAAGGAACACUCUUCUCUUCCUUCCUAUCUUUCACAGUGAAAGCUGCUUCAAAGUAUGUGGACGUACCUAAGCCAGGAAUGGAUGUUGCCGACGGUUACGUGACAUUUCUUCGUCAUUCUCAGGACAUGCUGCGGGAGAAGGUCAAUGAAGAGGUGUACAUAGAGAGACUGUUUGACCAAUGGUACACCAGCACAAUGAACCUCAUAGGAACGUGGCUGACUGACCGUAUGGACCUGCAGCUACACGUUUAUCAGCUGAAGAUACUCAUCCGGAUCGUCAAAAAAAAGUACCGUGACUUCCGUCUUCAAGGCGUGUUGGACUCCACACUGAACAGCAAGAUGUAUGAGACCGUGAGAAACCGUCUGACCUUGGAAGAAGCCACUGCAUCUGUGAGAGAGGGAGGGAUGCAAGGCAUUUCCAUGAGGGACAGCGAUGAAGAUGACGACCACUAGACUGAAAAAGCCUGAUAACGACAAGAAUGUCAAAACUUUUUACUGGGUGAGGUACACUGCUCGAAAACCUACACAGCCUUUUCAUGAGGUUAAAACAGAUUGUCAUGAAAUCCAAUUUGUUUCUUCCACUGUUUGAUGUAACAUCCUAAAAUUCUGUUAAUAAUACAAGAGGAAAAUAUGUAGUUUUUUUCUAUAAAUCUGAUCUAAGUCUGUACCAUUAAUGUUCAUUCAGCUUUAACUUUUAACUGGUUUGGUUCAAUGUGAGAACAAGUUUCCAGAAGAGGCCAGGUAGUGCAGCAAUGUGUGUUAAUGUUUGUAUCCUCAUGUCAUCCUUAUGGAACAUCAUGAGAAAAUUUAAGGACUACAGUCAACAUGUCAACAGCUUCAGUAAC